AAGUGUCUUCUCUCAGAAAUUGACAAGAAUUCAUAAUAAAAUUUGUUUUUCAGUUUGAUAAAAGCAUUUUUCUAGAGAAAUCUCUUAAUUAUUUUAUUAUCAUCCCCGUGAUCACAUAAAUGAUAAAAAGAAUCAUGACUGACGUUGAUGUGAAAGCUGGAAUAAAUCUAAUUUUGAAGAAAAUCGAUGAAACUUAUGCUAAUCGAUCAAAGGAAAUCACAUCUCGAAAGCCUCUUCUAGUGGCUGUGAGUAAAACAAAGCCCGCCGAAAUGAUCAUCGAUGCCUACUCCAUUGGCCAAAGGCAUUUCGGUGAAAACUACGUUCAGGAAUUAAUUGAAAAAGGAGCAAAUGAACAGAUUCUAACUCAGUGUCCCGACAUUUGCUGGCAUUUCAUUGGACAUUUACAGAAAAACAAAAUAAAUAAAGUUUUGAACACACCGAAUUUGUAUAUGAUCGAGACUGUUGAUAGCCAGAAAAUAGCUGAAUCAUUGAAUUCUGCCUGGGAACGAAUUCAAAAGGAAAACAAACAACCUCUGAGGGUGCUGGUGCAAGUCAAUACAAGCGGGGAAGAAGAAAAAAAUGGCGUAACUCCAUCAGAAGCAAUUGGCCUUUACAAACACAUAUCGGAGAAUCUUAAGAACCUGCAAGUAGAUGGUCUUAUGACUAUUGGUAAAUUUGGUCACGAUUAUGCCACAGGACCAAACCCAGACUUCAUAACCUUGAUGGAAUGUCACCGAAAAGUUUGCGAGGAACUAAAACUCGAUCCAUCGGCGGUCGAGGUUUCGAUGGGAAUGUCUGAUGAUUUCGACAAAGCAAUUGAAAUGGGAAGCACAAUUGUUCGUGUUGGAAGUUCUAUUUUUGGACACCGUGCGAAGAAGAAUGCCUAAAAUCUUUAGAUGAUGUGUAACGACGAUAUAUGUAAGCUCAGCAAGCUAGAAGAAGAGAUGCACAAAAUCUAGAAAUAGAUAGGAACAAAAAUAAUGAAACAUUUUGUUAUGAGUUAAAGUUUUUUUUUUUUGUAUUUUCUUUUUAUAUUUUUAAGCAAAAUUAUAGCUCGAGUUUUGUUUAUACAGAAGUCUUAAUAAAUAAUUGUUAUUAUUUUAAAAACGUAUGAAUGAUUAAUAAUAUAUGAAUCAAUAUAAAA